AUGAGGGUCUCAGCCGUCCUCGCCGCCGUCGCCUCGGCCAGACUGGCAGUCUCGGCUGCCAUCCCCGCCACAGACAUCCCAGCCGAGGGCGUGCCCAUCACUGAGCUAGACUCCUACCCGGGCCUGCUCACCUCAACCGAGGCCCCCUCCGACAUAAGCCUCGCCGCAACUGCCUAUGCGGGCACAGCCAACGAGCUCACUGACGGCACGCCCUGCCGUGCCGUCACCCUCAUUUAUGCUCGAGGAACAACACAGAGCGGCAACAUCGGCGCGGCCGGCGACGUCGGGCCCCUCAUGAUGAACAACCUGUCGUCCAUCAUCGGCGCGAGCAACCUGGCCGUCCAGGGCGUGACCUACCCCGCCGACAUCUUCGGGUUCCUCGCGGGCGGUGACGCAGCGGGAAGCCAGCUCAUGGCGAACCUGACCACCAGGGCAAGCCCCACCUGUGAGCCUCACCACCGGGGAGAAAACGUGACUGCUAACCCGUCCGGACAGGCAAGCACGCAGUGCCCCAACACCAAGAUCGUGCUGUCGGGCUACAGCCAGGGCGGCCAGCUCGUCCACAACGCCGCGAACCUCCUGACGUCCAACCAGGCUGUUGUCAACAAGGUUGCAGCCGUCCUGAUCUACGGCGACCCGAACGACGGCGACCCAGUAGGAUCCAUUCCCAGCUCCAAGGUCAAGAUUAUCUGCCACGAGGGCGACAACAUCUGCGAGGGUGGGAUUCUCGUUCUCCCGCCGCACACGAACUACCAGAUCGACGCGAAGGCAGGGGCGCAGUUCAUAGCUUCAAAGGUCUAG